AUGAAUAAGACAAGGGCUGUUAACGACGGUUUUCCUUUCCUGAACAGUAAGAACUGGAGCUCAAACCGAAGCUUCCCCACAUACAUUUCCAAUCAGUGCAGGAACAUCACUGACCUUACUGUUUUUCUGGCCACGUCUUACAGCUUGGAGACUGUCCUAGGCAUUGUGGGAAAUAUCUGCCUGAUUGCUGUCAUUGCCAGGCAGAAGGAAAAGGCCAAUGUCACCAACAUCUUAAUUUCCAACUUAAUAAUUUCAGACUUGUUUAUGUGUCUUGUCUGUCUGCCUUUCACCGUUGUUUACACCAUGAUGGACUACUGGAUAUUUGGGGAAGUCAUGUGCAAAAUGACCUCUUUCACUCAGUGCACAUCUGUGACAGUGUCAAUUCUUUCCCUUGUCCUUAUUGCUCUGGAAAGACACCAGCUCAUCAUAAACCCAACUGGCUGGAGGCCAAGUAUCUCCCAAGCCUAUCUAGGAAUUGGAGUAAUUUGGACUUUAGCAUGUCUCAUGUCCCUGCCCUUUCUGACCACAUCCAUUUUGUCUAAUGAUUUGUAUGAGCAGCUCUCACACAUCAUGAAUUUUUCCACUGACAUGGCCAUAUGCAUCGACUCGUGGCCUUCUGAGCAACACAGACUUAUCUACACUACCACUUUGCUGCUCUUGCAAUAUUGCAUCCCUCUGUUCUUCAUUAUACUUUGCUACCUGCGUAUCUACUUACGCCUACAAAAGAGAAAGGACAUGUUUGAGAAGAGCGAAUACAGCAAUCGAGCAGUUCAGCUGAGAAGGAUAAAUGUUCUGUUAGCCUCCAUGGUUGCUGCUUUUGCUGUUUGCUGGCUACCAUUGCAUGUUUUCAACACCAUUGUGGACUGGAAUUACAAAAUCAUUUCGCCUUGCCACCACAAUCUGAUCUUCUCAUUGUGCCAUCUGGUAGCUAUGGCUUCCACCUGUGUCAACCCUGUUAUCUAUGGUUUCCUAAACAGCAACUUCAAAAAAGAAGUGAAGUCACUGAUUCUGAGCUGCCAGCAUAAUUCGGUAACCGCAUCAACAGAAGAAUAUGAUCAUUUGCCUUUGUCUACCAUGCAGACUGAAAUCUCCAAGGGCUCACUGAUGUUGAACUGCAGACAUAAUUCUAUCUAG